AUGGAACGGGCCGCGUUGUUUGGGAACGGCCGGCAGGCGCAGAUGGCCGCGGGCGACGUGGGCGAGCUCCUGGUCCCCUACAUGCCCACCAUCCGGGUGCCCAAGACCGGCGACCGCGUCUACAAGACCGAGUGUGCCUUCUCCUACGACUCGCCCGAUUCUGAGGGAGGUCUCUAUGUCUGCAUGAACACUUUCCUUGGAUUUGGAAGAGAACAUGUGGAAAGGCAUUAUCGGAAGACGGGACAGUGUGUGUACAUGCAUUUGAAGCGACACAUGAAGGAGAAGGUAACAGGGGCAUCUGGUGGAGCUUUACCAAAAAGGAGAAACACCAAGCUAUUUUUAGAUCUAGAAUCCAAUGGCGAUUUAAACAAUGAUGAUUAUGAAUAUGAGGAUGAAGCUAAACUUGUUAUAUUCCCAGACCACUAUGAAAUUCCUUUACCCAACAUAGAAGAAUUACCAGCAUUGGUUACAAUAGCUUGCGACGCAGUCCUCAGUUCAAAAUCUCCAUACAGAAAGCAAGACCCAGACUCCUGGGAAGAGGACUUGCAAGUCUCCAAACAUGCCGACAUUCUUGUACAGAUGGACAAUGGAGUCCGGAUUCCACCAAGUGGCUGGAAAUGUUCAAAAUGUGACCUGAGGGAGAAUCUUUGGCUGAACCUUACAGAUGGGUCGGUAUUGUGUGGAAAGUGGUUCUUUGAUGGCAGCGGAGGAAAUGGGCACGCACUGGAACACUACAAGGAGAUGGGGUAUCCCUUAGCAGUGAAACUCGGAACUAUUACUCCUGAUGGGGCAGAUGUCUAUUCCUUUGAUGAAGAGGAGGCGGUUUUGGACCCACACAUAGCCAAACACUUGGCGCAUUUUGGAAUUGAUAUGCUCCAAAUGCAUGUAAUAGAGAACGGCCUGAGAGAUAACGAUAUCAAACCCAGAGUCUCUGAGUGGGAAGUGAUCCAGGAAUCUGGCAUGAAGCUAAAGCCAAUGUAUGGUCCAGGAUACACUGGCAUGAAAAACCUGGGGAACAGUUCCUAUGUCAGCACCGUCCUGCAGGCCAUUUUCAGCAUCCCUGAAUUCCAGCGAGCGUAUGUGGGAAGCCUUCCAAGAAUAUUUGACUACUCCCCUCUGGACCCUACACAAGACUUCAACACACAGAUGGCUAAAUUGGGACAUGGCCUCCUUUCAGGCCAAUACUCUAAACCGCCAACGAAAUCUGAUCUCAUCGAACAGGUGAUGAAAGAAGAACACAAGCCUCAUCACAAUGGCAUUUCUCCCCGCAUGUUCAAAGCUUUUGUAAGCAAAGGGCACCCUGAAUUCUCCUCCAAUCGCCAACAAGAUGCCCAAGAGUUCUUCCUGCACCUUAUAAAUCUAAUAGAGAGGAACCGCAUCGGUUCAGAACACCCAAGCGAUGUCUUCCGGUUCUUGGUGGAAGAGCGUACCCAGUGCUGCCAGUCCAGGAAAGUCCGAUACACAGAGAGGGUGGACUAUCUCAUGCAGUUGCCUGUGGCGAUGGAGGCUGCAGCAAACAAAGAUGAACUGAUUGCUUACGAACUGAAGAGGCGAGAAGCAGAAACAGCCAGGAGGCCCCCUCCGGAGCUUGUACGUGCCAGGAUCCCUUUUAGUGCCUGUAUGCAGGCCUUUUCUGAACCAGAGAAUGUGAACGACUUCUGGAGCAGUGCCCUUCAAGCCAAAUCUGCUGGUGUUAAAACCUCACGCUUUGCUUCAUUUCCUGAGUACCUGGUAGUACAGAUAAAGAAGUUCACUUUUGGCCUUGACUGGAUACCCAAAAAGCUUGAUGUUUCCAUAGACAUGCCAGAUCUUCUGGACAUCAGUCACCUCCGUGCUACAGGCCUUCAACCAGGAGAGGAGGAACUUCCUGACAUCUCCCCACCCAUUCUCAUUCCCGAUGACCCCAAAGAUGGCAUGAUGAACCAUUUCAUGGAGCCACCAGACAUUGAUGAGUCCUCCGUGAUGCAGUUAGCAGAGAUGGGUUUUCCACUGGAAGCAUGCCGAAAGGCUGUCUACUAUACUGGCAACAUGGGUGCUGAGGUGGCUUUCAACUGGAUCAUUGCACACAUGGAAGAACCAGAUUUUGCAGAGCCAUUAGCCAUUCCCGGUUACGGAGGAGCUGCUUUUCUGGGGGCCGGUGGAUCAGGGGUUGCUGGGCUGGAUAAUCAACCUCCAGAAGAGAUGAUUGCCAUCAUUGCCUCUAUGGGCUUCCAGCGGAAUAUCGCCCUUCAGGCGCUACGGGCAACGAAUAAUAACUUGGAGCAUGCAUUAGACUGGAUCUUCAGUCACCCAGAGGUGGAGGAGGAGAACGAAACCGUUACGGACACCAUGGACAUAGAGAACCAUGUGAAUGCCAACAUCCUUGCGGAAUCCGAUCCAGAGGGUCCCAGGAUCAAAGAUGGGUCUGGACGAUAUGAACUCUUUGGGUUUGUCAGUCACAUGGGAACAUCUACAAUGAGUGGCCAUUAUGUUUGUCAUCUCAAAAAGGAGGGAAGGUGGGUGAUCUACAAUGAUCUUAAAGUCUGUGCCUCCGAGCGACCACCCAGAGAGCUGGGGUAUAUUUACUUUUAUCGCAGGAUACCAAGUUAGGCCUCACUUCUGUCCCUUGGCCUUAAGAAGCCAUAAGCCUUUUUAUUCUGCCAAAAAAUUGUUUUGAACAAGCAAAGCCUUUGGACUGCCAAAAAAAGAAAAAGAAAAGAAAGCAAAAAAGAAAACAUUUGGGUACUAUUUAUAGCUUAAAUCAGGAUGGGUCAUUUGAUGCCUUCUUAAACUUUAGUGGAGAAAUUUUAUGUUAAGUCACGGUGCGUUGUAAGAUUUAAAAAUUUAUACACAUUUUGUGGAGACCUUAAGAUUGUUCUGAUCACUGAUGGAGUUUGCAACAAGCACCUGGAGAACAGGAGGAUGCUCCCGAACUCUGAAGAGCCCACUUCACAGCAAAGUUUUUGACCCUGAGAGACUGUUCUGGAAUCGGUGAUGUUAACCAGCCAUGCCUUUGAAUGGGAAGUUCACCACUGUCCUGGACGGAAGUGAUUAAAUAAUCGGCGAAGGAUUUGUUUGCUGGCAUGAAAAGUUGCUUUGCUGUGAGCAAUGUAUCUCCAUGGUUAGAAAAAAAUAUGAAUAGAUCUCCAUAUCCCAGAAUGUAAUAACCCAGGAUAUUUUGUGAAUUUCAGUGCUUGAAAUUAAGGUUAAUUACUACUGAAGCUAAGGGAGCUUGCAAUGUUGCCAUAUAGGAAAAUCUGGAUGUUCUUUUUUUUUUUUUUUAAAUGGUGCUUUGGUUGGUUUGAAAACAUAUCUUGUAUUUCUAUGCCUUUGACCCAGCAAUUGCUAAUGGUUCAGAGAUCCCUUUAUAAGGAAGUGCUCAUUUCAGCGCAUCUGUAUGCCCACUUGUAUAUGUGUUUACCUGCUCCUCCCAUUGCAGAUCCAUGCUCUCAUGUGCAAGAGCUGUGGGUGAGCAACAGAGCUCAUGUGAGCACAUGGCUCAGCAAUCUCCAGUUUGGGUAUUUUUCCUCCUCAGCCAUGAAUUGCAAAUAUGGGUUGGUGAACACCCCGUGGAGACCCUCGACAGGCAGUUCCCUCCCGUUUCAUCAUGUUUGCAAGUGCUCACCUUGUGCCGAGUUCUUGUUGUGCCUUCUUCCCCUGCCCCACCAGCCGCAGGAACAUGGAGCGCCCGAGGCUUGCAGAAUUGUGUAGCCUGAUGUUUGUUUAUUUAUUGCAUUUGUAUACCGCCCCCCAUAGCCGAAGC